GAAGAGUUCGAUGCAGGGCAUGCACACGGACAAACGACGUCUCCCUGCAGGCAGCCGGGCAGCCAGGCAGGGAGUCAUCUCAGUCAGCACUUGAACACGAGGAUAGCCAGGUUCCCCUGGUAGAAGCAGUACAUCAGAGAACCAUCCUACACACAUACACACACACACACACAGAGAGAGAGAGAGAUCGAGAGAUCGAUGUCGGCCAGCACCAAUCAAUCAGAUGCCUAUGCUAUCCCCCCCCCCCGCACCUGUGCGGUGAUGUCAAAGCUGAAGCCCUCCCCCAAGACGCAGUGCCAUUGUGCGCCGUACUGCUUGUCCAAUGUGUCCUUUAUCAACCGGGACGCAUUCUGUGGCACACAGGGAGGGAGGGAGGGAAGACAAUCUCACAGAUACAUGUAGACACCAUGCAACCCAGCCAUCCACCCUUCCUUCCCUUUGUUUCUGCCUCAGGGCGCACCUCACCUCCAGGUUGACGCCUGAGGCCCCGGCGUGUUUAUCGAUGCCCCCAAUGACCACAUCCACAACCUCGGUCUGCAGCUCUGAGUUCAUGUCCGUGUGCUGAUGACGUCGACAGACAGACAGAGAGCCGGUGACUGACGGAGAGGGAGACCCAUGUAUGCUGCGUGUUGAGCCCAUUUACCUUGAUCACGGCUCUCUGCAUUUGCUUCUUGAGCUCAUUGGGGAUGGGCCGCACCGCCAUGCUGCUCCUGAGCUCAGCCCUCCUGGUGGAGGUUUUCUCUUGCAGUGCAGUGCAGAGAGGGAAACAAACCACCGAAAUGGACGAAAAUGACGCCAGGCGACGAGCCAAAGCCCCUUUUUUCCCACUUCGCUCUAUUUCUUU